AUGGCUGUACACGAGGGCAUGAAUGGCACUGUGCCAUUGUCUGCUGAUGAUGAUCAGCUUCUCACUGAGCUGAACCGCCUGAAAGACGCGGUACUCGAAGGCCACAGUACCCUCGCACUACCCUCUGCUGCUAUUGAGCGGCUCAGGGCGGCGUUGCUUGCGCCAGACGCACCUUCGAACGGGUUCUCAGCGCCACAGACAAACGCACUCGCCAAUGGUUCGGCGUAUGCCACUAACCAGACGCAGCCUCAGAAGCCUUCAUCAUUUUCACUGUCUCAUUCUUUGCCUGGGCUGCAAAAAGCAGCUGCCCCAUCUGCAAGCGAUGCUUCUCAGGUAUACGGCACGAAGCCGUCCUCGGCUGCAGGACUAGAUCCUAUCUUCCUGGAAAAGUCAGACAGUCUUGUAAGAGCAGAAGGACAACUCAAGCGCCAGCGGCUCGAUCGCGAACUGCAGAAUCAGGUGGACCACGGCAAGCAGAACUCGCGUGACAGGGAGCAUGGCGUAGAAGCAUCUUCGUCGAUUGAUGUCGACGCUGUGCUCGCCAGCGCGUUGAGACGCGUCAAGCCUGUGUCAGGACUGGAAGCGAAUGAUGCCGCGAGUAGUUCCUUCGAUGAGAACGAUUACUACUCCAGUCAAGUUCAAAGUGACUGGUCCUCUGAAGCUAGCUCCAAGAACGGCUCUGACAGAGCUGCAGAUUCCUUCACUGCCGACUUCGAGCGUCUUGAUGGCGCGCCGCAACCCUCAUCUUCUCGACCCAAGCAGACAGCUAGCUCUUCUGCCCGGCCUGCACCUCACUCCGCGCACAAUGUCCCCCGUGCUGAAGCGGAUGAUGACAUGUAUGAUCCUGAAGACGGCGAGUAUGAUGACGAUGUCUACACGCCGCCAGACCCGCCAGCUAUCGGUCACUCUCAAGCGUACGAAGCACCCGUGGCUAGUCAGCAGCGUUUCCCCGUAGAGCGCGAAGACUCCGAUUACGAGCCUGGAGAGAUCACAGCCGGCACCGAGCCCGAAAAGAUCACAGCCGACAACGUCAUUUCCACCCAGCUUCGGUCUCAGAAGCCAGCCCCGGCGCCCAGGCAAGUGCCUAUCAUCCGCAACCAUCUCACGCACAUUGCAGCACCUCAGCCGAACCGUGUGUCGCCACUCGCGACGGCUAAAGCUUCCAACUAUGAACUCGAAUUGGUCAAUGGCUCUCCUCAAGUCGUUCAGAAGCCGCAGCAAUACCCAAAGUAUGUCCCUGCGCGACAGUCAUCAGCUUCUCCCCCGGUCCCAGCCAACAUUAGCAACGGCAAGAAAAAGAAGGCCAAGAAACGGAAACGUGAACCUGAACCCGCCGGCCGCAGCAAAAAGCGAAAUCGGCAGAAUGCACCAGAGUCUGCAGCAAGGCCAACUCAACAACAGGAGCCUUACAUCAAGGACGAACCGGUGUCACCGCCCCCGUUCAAUGGGAUGGUAACCCAUCCCGGCUAUGGCCAACCGCCUACCUAUCAAAGGCCUCCAGAACUCGACUUGGUCACACCGAGACAGGCUCCUCUGUCACAAUAUAGCUACGAACCUCCUCGUUCUGGCUUGAGGUAUGAGUAUGGCCAGCCGGCCGGCUCAGCGGUGGUGCGCGUUGGAUCUCCAGCUCUCCACCGCCCUGUGCAGAGGGAUACACAAGAUCUUCGCAGAGUUGCCAGCAUGCACUAUGCGCAACGACCGGCUUCUCCUCCAGCAGCAGCAUAUUCGCCUGUGGGACCAUAUCAGCGUCGGACUUCUUCGAUGACAUACGGUGAUUCACGCGUGCCUCACGCUGGGCAGUACCACGAAUCUGUUGUCCCGUCAACUUUUGCAGAGCAACCAAAUGCAGCGCCAGUGUACUACGAGAGUUCGGACCGCUCGCGCUCCCCGCCUCGAUACCCAGAGUACCAAGACCCGUACGCUCAGUCAGAGCCAAGCACAAACAUGAUGCCUCCACCUGACGCAGCUCCGAAACGCAUCAUUGUCGACCAGUAUGGCAAUAGGUAUAUGGAGGCUGGUCCGGCGCCAGCUCAACCGCAGCCGCAGCCGGCACGCUAUGCACCGUCCCGGGCCUCAAUGGCGCCUAUCGAGACUCGACCAUACCCGGAGAUGACCGUUGAGCGUGCACCAAGUCGAGCAUCAGUUGCGUACGCUCCGCAGCCACCGCAGACUGUUUACUAUCAACCAGCAGAUCGUGGCAUGCCACCGCCUCCAUCCAGACGACAGCCAGAAUCGCAAUACGCUUACGUCGAUUCCAACGGGGUCAGCGUUCGAGAGUAUCUCAACCGCCCUGCAGCAGAGCCUCCGCAGUACGCACCACAGCCGACAUCUCCUGUGUAUCAGCAAGUUCGAGCAUACGACCAGAUGCCACCACCACCGGCGCCACCAGCGAGAAAUGACACUGCGCCCGCCUACGCACCAAGCAGGAGUUACAGUGUUGUUCCGGAGGAGCCACAGUAUCUGCCAGCAUCAUACGUUCGACAAAGCAGUGUAGCACCAAUACAAUAUGUCCGUCAGGAGCCAGCGCCGGCUCCACCUCGCGCAGUCAGUGUCAUGCCGCCGCCUGACUACCGCAUGUCAGCCCAACCAGCGCCCCAGCGCACCUACAGCCAGGCUCCUCCGCAAAGUGUACGAUAUGUGGACCAGUAUGGGAAGGAAGUGUAUCCGCAGCAGGUCAGUCAGGUGCACUAUCAGUGA